AUGAAAUUCACGCUCCUCCUCACCGCCCUCAUCACCGCCGCGGCCGCGGCCCCUGCCCCCGCCGCCGAGCCUGCCGAGGCAGGCGACGUGUCCGUCCUGGCCACCAAGAAGUGGACGGCCAACGGCGGCUGCAAGACCGACUGGGGCGGCCGCUGCAACGCCCAGUGCAUCGGCGAGGCCAAGCAGAAGGGCUACAAGUGCAAGGACGUCGACUCCGAUAUCACGGGCUCGAACUGUGUCAUUGGUUGGAGCACUUGCAAGUGUACUUGCUUCUCUUGA